UGGCAGUGAGAGGCAGUGGGCAGUUCUGCUGGGCUAUGGUGGCCGGAUCCCCGGCUAGGAUGGGCUCUCUCUGGGGCCUGCUGCUGCCCCUUUUCUUCUUCUGCUGGGAGGCCGGGGCCCCCAGGAGCUCUGCAGGCCCCAGCACCAGUGGACCAGGCCCUUUGGUGACAACGAGCCACACAGAAGUGCCUGCUGUGACUCCAGGAGUCAGAACAAGCUCAGAGGGAGCCUUCCAGACCACUGACCUUGCUGAGACCUCUGUGCCAAGCCACAUCCCUCUGGAAAGUCAUCAAACCCUGAGCACCCAGACCUCUCACAGUACCUUAAUCCCAGGCAGCACCAUUUCAGAAGCAGAGACCACAGAAACCAGGACCAUUAGUCUUGCAGCAGAGACCAGGGCCCUCACAAAAAGAACACCUUCCAAAUUCAUGGUCGUGAUGACCCCUCCUAUGGAGACAACAGCCACAAGCGACAACCCCACGAGAACUGGAAUGACCACAGUGCAGAUUGUUACAGGCAGUGAUCUCUUGGAAGCGGCCUUUGACACCCUUUGUACUGAUGACAGCUCUGAAGAGGCAAAGAGGAUCAGAACUAGUGCCUUGACAUUGGCUCAGAUCCUCACAGAAGCCAAGGCCCUUACGUUGGAGAGCAGCACCUCCUCUGACAGCUCAGUUCCAGCCAUCACCACCUCACAAGUCCUGGCACCUCAUGUCACUGCUCCGGCAAAAGCCUUGGUUGCCUCCACCAUCUCUGACAUUGAGGUUACCAAUGGCAGCGUUAUGGAAACGGAAACAACUGCCAGCAUCCCUAAGACCUCAGACACAGCUUACAGCCCCGCAGGAGGAAAGGCCCUGUCCACUCCUGAGGUGUCAGCUUUGCCCGACCCCACGGAAGCGAAAUCACACCUCACCGAGACCACGACCUCGGCGGAGGCCUCGUCUACCGCCAGCACCGCAGAAUCGGCCACACAUGAGACCACAGUUGAGACCCCACUCCCUGCUACUAGCACCACAGAAAGAGAAACAACAGCAGCUGAGGCCACCACCCCUAGUGGAACUUGGGCGACUGUCAGCGUGAACCCUGUGGAAGAAGUCUCAGCCCUCUCUGCUGAGACGACAAGCCACACUGAGGUCCCAGGAGCAUUUACAGUCUCCACAGAGGCUGGGUCGACAGUGGGCAAAGGGACUUCCCUUGCAACGGUCUACAGCCUCUCCGAAGGAAUUACCAUCAAGAGCUCCACCCGCUCAGAGACUUCCACCACAGACAGCAGGACCAACGGGCCCAUCCCCGACUGCACGAGGCCUCUUCCUUCUGUCCAUCCGACUACAGCCGACAGCAGCCAAGAAGAAAACACCACCUUAGCCAAGACCACAGCCUCAGCGAAGACCUUGAAGACAGCCAGCACAACCAGAGGGCAGCCCCCAAAAGCCGUGCCCACUACUGCUCAGACAAGGGGGACCACAGAAGUUCCUGCAAGUGGGGUUGGAGGCUUCCUCCUCCUGCGGCUAAGCGUGGCCUCCCCAGAAGACCUCACUGAGCCCAGAGUGGCAGAGAGGCUGAUGCAGCAGCUCCUCCAUGAACUGCACAUCCACAUGCCACGCAGCCAAGUCUCCCUGCUGCGCAUCAGGAGGGGCUGAAGAAGACCAGCUGCAGCCAGACGUGCCCACGUGCCAAAGGGGGGACCUAGGGCCUAGGCCCCACCGCAGGCUGGAGCCACGUUACUGUGCCGAGAUGCACCUGGAAGGUUCCCACAGAGGUCAACUGACCUAAGCUCUUACCCCAGACCUGGCAGCCGGACCCUGGCUCACAUAGGCCUGAGUGCAUGUGGGUGGGGAGGGGGCCUUCCCAGUUCCAGAGGUGUCCUUGGACUUCCCACAGCACACGUGUUGUGUUUAAGUAAAGAGUGACCUGAUCACCUACCUGUCACUUGCUGCAUGCUUCCAUCCGACGUUAAAAUCACAUUCAGUGUGGCCUGGAGGUUAUCUAUUUCACCUGUACAUUUCUUGACAUUUUAUGACACAAGGAUUUUGUGCAUCCUCACUGCUACCUCCCUCCUUCGUGCUCCCUGGCUCUUGGUUUGCACCUUGAUGACAGCGCUGACUGAGGCUGGCCUGGAGCUUGCUGAACCGUGAGCUCCUUCAGAUCAGGGACCCUAUUUGUAUCUCGGUGUCCCUUGAAUGUAGGAGGGUGCCUGGCCUGUAGUAAGAUCACAGAGAAUGUUUGCUGAAUUGACUUGCGUUUCAAAUUCUGGAUGCAAGCAGAUUUAAAAGAAGGUCUGUAAUACUCAAUUAUUCCUCCCCCAUAGCUCAAACUCAUGUUAUUAUUUUUUUUAAAUUAAAAGUGGCAUAUUUUUUUCUAUUGUAAAAGUAAAACUUGCCCGAGAUUUUAAAAUUCUGAAAAAUUCAAAAGGACCAAGAAAAAAAAAAAGAAAUAGGAAGAGGAGGGGAAGAGAAAGAAAAAAAAUUUCUGAUAUCCCACCUCUGAAAUACAGCCAUUGUUAAUGUAUAUAUUCAACCUCUCCACUUGGUCUAAGAGAUACCCCAUAUUCAACAUUUCCAAAAUCAAAGCUCUAAUCUUUUCCCCUAAACCUGCUCUGCCUGCAUCUUCCUCAUCUCAGUUAAUGCCAGUUGCAUCCUUCAGUUGCUCAAGCCAAAAUCCUUGGAACCCUCUCUGUUUCUCUGUUUCUUUUACAUUUUACAUCCAGUUCAUCAGGAAACUCUGUCGGCUCUACUGUAGUCAAAAUAUGCCCAGAAUCCGACCCCUCCUCACCAUCUCCACUGCUCUCACCUGGUCCAGGCUGCCAUCGUCUCUCACCUGGAGUACUAAUAUCCUCCUAACAGUCUCCCUGUUUCUAACUUUGCCCUCCAGCCCUAGUCUAGUCCCAGCACAUCAGCCAGAGCUGUCUUUUUAUAAGGUCACACAGACCAUGCCACUCCUUUGCUCCAAACUCUCCCCUUUCAUUCAGAGAAAAAGCAAAGUUCCUACAACGGCCUGCAAAGCUGUACACGAUCCGCAGCCCUCCACCAGCCUCUUGAACUUGCUCCCUGCCCUCCAGCCACGCUGACUUCCUUGCCAUUCCUUGGAUGCAUGCUCCCGCCUCGGGACCUCUGCAUGCGUUGCUCAGUCUAGAAUGCUUCUCCUCCAGGUAGCCACUUGGCUAACUCCACAUCCUUCACCUUCUCAGGGGGUCUACCUGACCACCUCCUCUGCUUUGACUUUCUUCAUAACACUGAUCACAGCCUAACGGAACACAUAUUUUUUGCAUUUGUCUUGUUUAUUAUCUGUCUCCCUCAACUAGCAUGAGUUUGCUCACUGCAGUCUCCCUAGCGUCUGGGACAGUGCCUCGCACAUAUAAGGUGCUCAGUAAAUACUGGUUAAAUGAAGGAAGGAAAUAACAAGACAAGAUGGAUAUUGCUCUGAAGGAGGGGAGAAUGGCCCCCUUCCUCUUGCAGAGUAGGGCAGAAUGAGUUCCAUCAAGUAGGUUGGGCAAAAACAGUUCAAACCUUCAUCCCAGCAUGUUUGUUGAGCGCCUACAAUGGAAGAGAAGCUAUGCGGUGUGCCGUGGGGGACUCAAAGAUGUCUCUUCUCAAGGGGAUUACAGUUAGUAGGGGAGGUUAGACAGGUACAGAAAUAACCUGAAAGAACUUAUUUACACCAUAUACUGCAAACCAGAAUGUCCUCAACAUACAAAGAAAGAAAAGGGCAAAAAUACCAGUAGAAAAGGGAACAAAUGGCAAGAACAGAUGAUUUACAAAAGAAGGAAUAUAAAUGCCUCUUUUCCACAAAAAAGAAAUGUUGACUUCACUAGCAAAAAACGGUACAAUGUGGUAUCGCCUAUAGUGUGUCAAUAGGUAAAGAUUUAUAAAAAUUAUAAUAUCUAUAUUGCUGUGGGUGUGGGGAAAAGCACUCAAACACUGCUAGUGUGAAUGAAAUUGGUACAACCUUCUGGAGGACAAUCUGAUUAUUUAUCUAAAGCCUUAAACAUGUGCAUUCCUUUAAGCCAGCAAUUUCAUUCCUAAGAGUUUAUCUUAAGGAAAUAAUCAAGAAUCUGUGCAAAGAUCAACAAAUAAAUAUGUUCCUUACAGAACUAUUUAUAAUAACCAGUAAAAGAAAAAGACAAAACAAAACACAAAAAAGAUAUCCUAAGGGAGCCAUUUGGUUAAUAAUAAUGCUAUUUUAUACAAUCUUUAGAAGCGUCAUUGGGAAGUAUAUUUAUUAACAUGGAAAGAAGUUCGUGAAAUAUUAUUCUGUUCUCUUUUAUUUUCCUAAGAUGGAACCUUCUUUUCUUUUCUUUCUCCAAACUACUCUUCACGCUGUCUCCAGAGCUUUCCUCUCCAAAAUCACAGCUGGUCCUGUGCCUACCUACAGGAUGAAACCUCCAGCUUUGUGAAUGAGGGUCUUUGUGAUACGGCCUUGGCCAAUUUUAUCAGCUCUGUGUCCUAUGGCCCCAUUUCCUGUGUCGUAUGUUCCUUCCACAGGGAACUUCUCACUACUUCCCAGUCACACUUGCUUUGAUCCAGAGUGUUUGCACAUCACAAUUCCCAGCCCUGGAAUGUUCUCCCUCCUUCUGGUCCCUUUGUCUGGAAAACUCCUAUUCAUGCUUAAAAGCCUACUUCAUUUAGCACCUCCUCAUGGUGGUUUUCCUCAAAUUCCCUAAAGAGGAGCUAGUUUCUUAGUCUCUUUAUGUUUCUGUUAUAUCACUUAACAUGCUCUAUCAUGAUUUAUUUAUUUACAAGUUUGUUAAGUCAUAUGUGCUUUAGAACAAGCACCAUGCAGUAUUCACCUCUGUUGCCAUAGAACCUAGCACAGCCCUACACAUGGAGGGCACUCAAAUGUUUGCUGAAUGAUCAAGAGGAUGGCCACAUGAGCAGAUGACCGUGAAAUAUGGGCACCGGGCUCUGAAAGUUAGGAAAAUAACAUUCACUCUUGAAGUCAAAUGAAGUUAAAAUUUAAUGAUAUAAUUAUUAUUAAGCUGCACUAUAAUUAAGCAUGAAUGGAGAGCAGUUUGCAUAAAUGACUAUAACACCACUGUUAUAUAAAUCAAAUUCUCAAAUAGUUUUUCUUUUCUUGCUUUGCCCUUAUUCAAAUCGGUGAUACCUAGAAAAGUAGAUAAUUUAAUCUUAAUUACGUACAUACAAGGACAUACAAUGCUGAUUACUAUUAUUAAAAAAGAAACAAAUGAAAAUAAAUAAAUAAAUAAAAUGGAGUCAAGGGGCCAGAAGAGAGAACUCUCAUGCACUUGACACUCAACACACACUGUAGAACCCAACAAGAAGAGAGGUACCUCGCACCUCCCACAGGAAGUGAUACUACUCACACCCCAGCAGAAGGAAGGAAGGAAUUCCUCCUCACCCAGUGACAGCUCAGCCAAUGAGAGACUUCCGUAACUCAGCCAAUGAAAAGCCACCACACUUUCCCCAGUCUCCUCCAACAGACUCUUCCUUUACAACAGCCCCUCCCAGCUAUAUAAAAGAACCUUUCUCUCCUUUCUUUCUCUGGACUCGCCUGUGAUUCACCAUAGACCAUAUGUCCUGAAUUGUAAUGGUUUGGUGUUCCUGAAUAAACCCAUUCUGCUGGUAAAAUAACUGGCUGUUUAUUUGUUUGAGAUCAACAGUGCUUAAUUCUUUUUACUUAAUUUUUAUUCUUUUUAAAAUUAACAAAUGUUAUUUUUUUAGUAGUUUUACGUUCACAGCAAAAUUGAACCAAAAGUACAGAGUUUCCAUAUCCCCUCCCUCACACAGACUUAAAACCUCCCCCACUAUUAACAUCCCCCACCAAAGAGCAUUUGUCAAAAAUGAGGAGCCUACGUUGACACGACAUUAUCACCAAAGUCCGUAGUUCACAUUAGGGUUCACUCUUGGUGGUGGACGUUCUAUGGGUUUUGACAAAUGUAUAAUAAUAUGCAUCUACCAUUGUAGUACCCUAUAGGGUAUUUUCACUGCCCUAAAAAUGCUCUGUGCUCUUUCUAUUCCCCCUUCCCUCCCCUCUAAUCCCUGGCAACUACUGAUCUUUUUACUGUUUCCAUAAUUUUGUUUUUUCCAUUAUGUCAUACUUGGAAUCAUAAGAUACGUAGCCUUUUCAGAUUGGCUUCUUUCACGUAAUAAUAUGCAUUUAAGUUUCCUUUGUGUCUUUUCAUGGCUUGAUAGCUCGUAGCUUUUUAGUACUGAACAAUACAUCUCUGGAUGUACCAUAGUUUAUUUAUCUGCUCAUCUACUGAAAGACAUCUUGGUUACU